GCGCGCAAACGCACGCACGCAGCACACAGGCACACACAGCGCGCGCGGGAAGAGAGUGGGUUGGUUCAGUCGCUUGCUCGGUUGGUCGAGGUAGCUCACCCCACUCGUCCUAACCCGCGACCACGCUCCCCUCCUCUCGCUUGCACACUUCGUCCUCUUCCCUUCCGAUCCAGCCGGUUUUGAUACCGGCAAGGAGGAGGGGGUGGUGGUGUACAUGUCGACGGUGGCGCCGCCGAUGUCGGUGGGGAAGGUGGGUGGUGGGCGGCGGAGGCCGAGGUACCGUCUUGAGACGAGGGGGUUGUCGUAUGUGCUCCCGGCGAGGGGGGCUGUGGCGAGGUUCUUGGGGGGUGGUGGAGGUGGUGGUGGUGGUGGUGGCGGUGAGGAGAGGCUGCUGCUGAGGGGGGUGACGUGCGAGGCGCCGGCCGGGGAGCUGGUGGCGAUCGUCGGGCCGAGCGGGGCCGGGAAGACGACACUGCUGUCGGUGCUGGCCGGGUCGGCGGACCCCGGGAGGGUGGUGGCCGGGGAGGUGCUGGUGAACGGGUGCCGCAUGGACGCGGCGAGGUUCCGGCGGGUGUCCGGGCACGUGCCGCAGGACGACGCGCUGUUCCCGAUGCUCACCGUGGAGGAGUCGCUGGUGUACAGCGCGCGGCUGCGGCUGCGCGGCGCGGGCGGGGCCGCCGCGGUGGAGAGGGCGAGGGAGCUGAUGGCGGAGCUCGGGCUGCGGCACGUCGCCGGGUCGAGGGUGGGGAGGGUGUCCGGCGGCGAGCGGCGGCGGGUGUCGAUCGGCAUCGACCUCGUGCACGACCCGGCCGUGCUGCUGCUCGACGAGCCCACCUCCGGCCUCGACUCCGGCUCCGCGCUCCACAUUGUCAAGAUGCUCAGGGACAUGGCCACCGCGCACGGCAAGACCGUCGUGCUCACCAUCCACCAGCCCGGGUUCCGCAUCCUCGAGCUGCUCGACCGCGUCGUCCUCCUCGCCGACGGCGCCGUCCACCACCACGGCUCCAUCAGCUUCCUCGAGGAGCGCCUCGCCGCCUCCGGACACGGCAUUCCUCCCCACGUCAAUGUCCUCGAGUACGCCAUGGAGUGCAUCGACACCCUCAAGCCCGACGUCGUCGUCGUCAGCUCGGUCACCGCCGUCACCACGGCGGACACGAACCGCGGUGACACCGCGCCGGUGCCGGUGCCGACGUUACGGCGCCGCGCCGCGUACGCGAACUCGCAGGCGGCGGAGGUGUGCAUCCUGUCGGCGCGGUUCGUGAAGACGGUGCUGCGGACGCCGCAGCUGUUCGCGGCGCGGAUGGCGCAGUCGCUGCUGGCCGGCGUGUUCCUCGGCACCAUCUUCCUCGGCGCCGCCGACCUGCAGUCCAGGCUGGGCUUCUUCGCCUUCACCCUCACCUUCGUCCUCUCCUCCACCACCGAGGGCCUCCCGGUGUUCCUCCAGGAGCGGCGCAUCCUGGAGCGCGAGACCUCCCGCGGCGCCUACCGCGUCUCCUCCUACGUCGCCUCCAACGCCGCCGUGUUCCUCCCGUUCCUCCUCGCGUCGGCGCUGCUGUACGCCACGCCGGUGUACUGGCUCGUCGGCCUCGCGAGGGAGCCCGCCCGCUUCGCCUACUUCUCCCUCGUCGUCUGGCUCGUCAUGCUCACCGCCAACUCCUUCGUCGCCUGCUUCAGCGCGCUGGCCCCCAACUACAUCGUCGCCAACUCCGUCAUCGCCGGCCUCAUCGGCUGCUUCUUCCUCUUCUCCGGCUACUUCGUCGCCAGCAAGAACAUCCCGCGCUACUGGGUGUUCAUGCACUACGUCAGCCUCUUCAAGUACCCCUUCGAGGCGUUCCUCGUGAACGAGUACGGCGGCGACCGCGGCGGCAGGGAGUGCCUCGCCAAGGUCGGCGGCGGCCUCUGCGUCCUCGACGGCGCCGCGCUGCUGCGGCAGCAGGGGAUGCGGGAGAGCAUGCGGUGGAGCAACCUCGCCGUCAUGCUCGGCUUCGUCGUCGGGUACAGGGUGCUCUGCUUCGUCUUCCUCUGGUUCAGAUGCCACCGCAUGAGGAGGUGAUGCAGAGCGCGCGCGCGCGGGGCAAAAGAAGCAAGAAUGCAAAUAGUAAUUGCUCAUCUGAAUUCGAUUUUUUUUCUCUUUUUUUUGCUUUGCCUUUUUUUUUUCUUCUGAGACAUUUUAAUCCUGGGGGAUCGAGUAGGAUAAUACGACUAUACACAUCUUAUGUAAUUAUGCAUAUGUCUGGGAGAUUAAUCAAAUUAUGGUGGAAUUGGAUGUUCUUGAUUAUGUAUGAAAAAAGUGGAUUAAUAGGGAAAUAAUUUGAUGGC